AGGAAUGUAGAUAGGAGGGGGGAAAAAGGGCAAUGAUGGGGGAGAGAGUUGAGAUGAAAGGGGAAGGAAUGUAGGAAGGGGUGAGAGGAAACGGAAGUGGAGAAGAGGUGUUUGCUGGAGACUAAAAGGGAAAAUAUGAAGGAAAAAGAAGAGAGCAGUGGCGGAAUGGGAAGAAAAGAAGAGGCUGGGGAUUAAGAAGGAGGUCAGAGGAGAAUGGGAAGGGAAGUGAGCGGAGGAAAGGGGAAGGCAAUAAUCACCCUUCAGGUUCAGCCAGCUAUAGAUGGGUGAUUCCCAGAAAAGGUAGACAGUGCAGGAGUUCCCAGUGGCUAUUCCCCUAUCUAACGACCGCAGAAGAAAGUGGCAGAUUCAGCCAAAUUGAUAGUGGUCAAAGGGCAGACUGGAGUUUCUGUGGCUGCAAGCGAGACUAUCAGAUGGUGGGUCGUUGCCAUUGUCAUGGAUGUCUUUGAGCAAAUAUCGAACAUUCUGAAAGAGAAGAACAAGCAGCCAGAGAUCAUGGUUCAUAUUGGUACUAAUUUACAUAAGAAAGAACAGAAAUGUGGUCCAGUAAAGGGAAUUUAGGGAGUUUGUGUAUAAAGUUGAAAAGCAGGGCCUCUAUGUAAUCUUUGGAAUACUCUCUGUGCCAUGUGCUAGUGAGUUUAGAAAUUGGAAGUUUGAACAGAUGAGCGCAUGGGUAAAAGGCUGGUGCUGGAGAGCAACUUGGCCUUACAAAAAGGUUGUGUUGCAUCUGAACUGGUGAAGUUCUGAUGGGAUUUAUCUCCAGUAUUGAGAGAGACGAGUUUUCACCAUAUGUUAAUGAGGAAGAGUGAACAGUAAAUGGUUAAUCUUACUGUGAUCCUGUUUUCGUUGACUACGGUUUACCUCGGUGUUUAGUUCGGCGUUCUUUUACACCCAAGCGAGAACACUACAGUGAAAAGGCGGCAUUAUCAGGUGUUUCAAGUGCUGCAAUGACAACUCGAUCCAGCAUUAAGAUGUUGCCAUCCAGCGACAGGGGCAGUAGGGCAUCAUCAAGUAAGGCCGCCCAUGCAAGAGCUAAAGCAGAAUCUGCCAAGGUGCGAGUGCGCUACGCCAAACAAGAAGCAAAAUUGAAGAUGGAAGCGGCUGCCAGAAAAGCCGAAAACCAGUUGGAAAGGGCAAGGAUAGCGUCAGAGUAAGAAGUGCUGAUGCUGGAACGAGAAGAAGAAGCUGCCAAGGUGGAAGCAGGGUUCAUAGAAGAUGCUGAAGAAAUGCAUGAUCUGGUUGACGUAAAAUCUACUUCAGAAAAGAUCAGAUUGGAACGCACAAGUGACUACGUCGGAUCUCAAAAAGACUGGAAGAUUCGUUCUUCCUCUCCAUACUUAAUCGAUAAUGUCCCAUUUCAUGAGGAGUCUCAGAAAGGCCUGAUUACAUCUCAUCCAUCUGAGGAAGACAAUUAACCCUUGCAACUCCGCGAUGAAUUCAAGAGUGAAAGGGCUCAUGACAAAUACUUCUCAACACCAAACUUACCAGAUUUGAGGAGAAGAGAGGCAAAGACCAAAUUCAAAACAGCAAAUUCCAUAACAGAUGUAUGCCCUCGGUCAUAUACCUGCCGACAUAUUUCCCCAGCUCGCAUGCCACUUGCAGUCGAACCCAUGGCACGGUAUUUAGCAGGAAGGGAUCUCGUCACUUCUGGACUGUACCAGUUUGACGAUAAACCUGAAAAUGACCGUACUCCACAUUCACCAACGCUAUCGACGGAAUCCAGCUCAGAGCAACCCAAGAGUUGGAUCUUAUGGCGAAAUGGCUGGGAAAAGAAUCAUGCGAACAGGUGAGACGCAUACGUUCAGUGUACGUCAACAAACCCGAGCUAGCCUUAAGCAAAGCAUGGGAGAGACUUCGGGAGGGCUAUGCGGCCCCCGAAAUUAUUGAAGCGGCGCUAUACUGACGUCUGGAAAAUUUUCCUAAGGUGUCAGCCAAGAACCACACUAAGUUAAGGGAGCUCGGAGAUUUACUCAUGGAGAUUCAAGGCGCCAAAGAAGAUGGCUACUCAACUGGUCUAGUAUACCUAGAUACUCCAUCCGGGAUUAGACAAAUCGUGGACAAACUUUCAUUUGUGCUGCAGGACAGGUGGGUGUCUGUUGCCUCAGAGUACAAAGAAGACCACAAUGGUUGAUUUCCUCCCUUUGAGUAUUUCACUAGGUUUGUGUGCAAGGAGGCGAAGAAGCAAAACGACCCUAGCAUCAUGGGUCCAAGAAGCAGUGCAAUUUACACCAAGCCAGAUAAAUCCUCUUCGAAUAAUUUCAACAUUAAUAAACCUGUCUCAGUGCUUAAGACUGAAGCCUUUACAACUAACAACGACCCUCGAAAGAAUUGUCCAUUGCAUAACAAACCCCACCCCCUCAGAAAAUGCAGAACAUUUAGGGAAAAAUCCCUUGAAGAGAGGAUGGCCCUUCUCAAGGAGAAAAGAAUAUGUUUUAAAUGCUGUUCCUCGACCUCUCACUUUGCAAGAGAGUGUAUGAUUGCCAUGAAGUGUCCGGAAUGUAAUAGCACUAAUCACAAUGGGGCCAUGCAUCCCGGCCCAUUACCGCAAACCGACAACGCUCCUUCACCCCCACAACAGGACGGCGGGGAGGGAGAGGCUCAUUCCAGGACAACCAUUGUCAGCUCGAGCUGUACAGAAGUUUGCGGUCAAACUCAGUCAAGCUGUUCUUGUUCAAAGAUCUGCCUCACUAAGGUGUACCCUAAGGGAGCCAAAGACAAGGCCAUCAAAGCCUAUGUAAUUCUGGACGAUCAGAGCAAUCGCUCACUAGUCAGUCCAGAGUUCUCUAACUUGUUCCACAUUGAGAGUAAUCAGUUCCCAUACUACCUUAGAACUUGCUCAGGCAGCGUGGAAACUUAUGGAAGGAAGGCAGAAGGCUUCCAGCUCGAGUCCCUGGAUAGUAAAGUCGUCAUCUGUCUCCCUCCACUCUUAGAGUGCAAUGAAAUUUUGAAUAACCGCACUGAGAUCCCGACGCCAAGUGCGGUGCUACACCAGCCACAUCUCCACCACAUCGCCAAACACAUCCUAGAACUGGAUCCAAAAGCAGAAAUACUCCUGCUAUUAGGAAGAGAUGGUCUCCGGGUGCACAAGGUUAGGCAGCAGGUCAAUGGACCACACGACGCCCCCUUUGUGCAACGCCUGGAUCUGGGCUGGGUGGUGAUAGGAGAGCUGUGUCCUGGCAAUGUACACAAAUCAACAGUUAACACACUCAAGACCAAUGUGCUAGAGAGUGGCCGCCAUUCAAUUUUUCAACUCCGCACAAGUGUCACGUGUAUUAAGGAAGCACGACAAGCCUUUAACAAACGUAAAGUAACUGAAGAGAUGCUGGGUCAGUCAGUCUUCGCUCAAACUAAGCAUGAUAACAAACUUGCUCCAUCAGAUCAAAACACCAUUUUAUUAAAAAUAAUGGACACCAAGGUCUUCAGAGAUGAAGCAAAUAAUUGGGUCGCCCCACUACCUUUCAGAGAACCACGCCAGUGCUUGCCAAACAACAAAGAGCAGGCAGUCGAGCGGUUCACGCCCUUGCAAAAAACCCUGAAAAGGAAACCUGAGAUGCAGCAACGCACCUGAUUGACACACGAGUUACUGUGCACAGUAAUGGCAGAGGUCACAGUCAUUAUCAAUGCACGACCACUCCUACCUGUGUCUUCUGACCCGGAAAACCCCUUCCUACUUUCACCAUCAAUGCACCUUACGCAGAAGGCAGGAGCUCCCCCCUCCACCAGGGGACUUCUCUUAUAAGGAUUUGUGCACAAAGCAAUGGAGACAGGUCCAGGCUCUGGCAAAUCGGUUCUGGUCUCUUUGGAGACAGGAAUAUCUACCUUUGUUGCAACACAGACAAAAGUGGACAGAACCCUGCAGGAAUCUUCAAGUUGGAGAUUUAGUCCUGCUCAGGGACAAACAAAUCGCCCGCAACUGCUGGCCAAUGACCAGAAUCACUGCUACAUUCCCUAGCAGGGAUGGACAUGUCAGGAAGGUUGAGUUGAAAACUACCAAUCAAGGUGAUGUGAAAAUUUACCAGUUACAGAAGUCAUUCUACUUCUACCUAACAAUUGAUUUAGAGACUAAAGUUUGUAUUAUGUUCAUUGUGAAGGUCAAGUGGGGAGUGUGUUGCCUUUAUGGCAUGUCUUUAGUUUAUAAUAUUUAGUAUUUUGUUUGUUAGCAUUUUCUAGUUAAAGUUAGGAUUGUUUAAAGUAAAUUCGUUGUCUGUGAUAUAUCGUGGCAUGUGAUGACGUCACAUCCGGUUUCGCCGCAUCCUGUGGGAAAAUACCGGCUUGGAGAAGCAGGAAGGAGGGGGUUCACAUGUGCGAGAUCAGCACAAGAAAAGAUGUCCUCUACACAUUAGAAACAUAGUGAAGCAACGCUGUAAGUUCAUGAGAUAAUCGAUAUGUUGAAUUAAAAUGUUAACGCUGAUUCUGUUAAAAGUAAUGACGGUUGAUAAGGUUUAUGUUUUCAUUAGUUAAAGAGUUGCGGAUAGUUUGUGUUGAAGUGUAUUUAAAGCAGUCAGUGGCAUAGGUAGAUUCUGACUGUAUGCUGCACUUUAAUGCAAUGUAGUUGUUGUAGUUUUACUUUUGCAAGUAUUUAUGAUGUAAAUGCAAUAUCAAGAAGGAAACAAAUGCUGUACAAAUCUUGUAUUGUUUUGUCAACAGUUUUCACCAUAUGUUAAUGAGGAAGAGUGAACAGUAAAUGGUUAAUCUUACUGCGAUCCUGUUUUCAUUGACUACGGUUUACCUCGGUGUUUAGUUCGGCGUUCUCUUACACCCGAGCAAGAACUCUACAACAACUCUGGAGGAGUUAUA